GCGCACCUGCGUGGGUCCCGAGCGUGCGGCUGCUGGGCCCAGCGCCCAGCCCCGCGGGCGGCGGCGGGCGAGCGGGCGCUGGAGUAGGAGCAGGAGAGCGGCGCGACCGGGGAAGGAAGCCGGGGCAAGGCGAGGAGGUGGCGGGAGGAGGAGACAGUAGGGACAGGUGUCAGAUAAAGAAGGGCUCUCCUCCGCUGCCGAGGCAUCAUGGCCGCUAAGUCAGACGGGAGGCUGAAGAUGAAGAAGAGCAGCGACGUGGCGUUCACCCCGCUGCAGAACUCGGACCAUUCGGGCUCGGUGCAAGGACUGGCUCCAGGUUUGCCGUCGGGGUCCGGAGCUGAGGACACGGAGGCGGCGGGAGGCGGCUGCUGCCCGGACGGCGGCGGUUGCUCACGCUGCUGCUGCUGCUGCGCGGGGAGCGGCGGCUCGGCGGGCUCGGGCGGCUCCAGCGGCGGCGGCCCGGGCGGCGGGGCGGGCUCGGCGGCGCUGUGCCUGCGCCUGGGCAGGGAGCAGCGGCGCUACUCGCUGUGGGACUGCCUCUGGAUCCUAGCCGCGGUGGCCGUGUACUUCGCGGAUGUUGGAACGGACAUCUGGCUCGCUGUGGACUACUACCUGCGCGGCCAGCGCUGGUGGUUUGGGCUCACCCUCUUCUUCGUGGUUCUGGGCUCGCUCUCUGUGCAAGUGUUCAGCUUCCGCUGGUUUGUGCACGAUUUCAGCACCGAGGACAGCGCCACGACCACCGCCUCCACCUGCCAGCAGCCUGGAGCGGAUUGCAAGACGGUGGUCAGCAGUGGGUCUGCAGCCGGGGAAGGCGAGGCUCGUCCUUCCACGCCGCAGAGGCAAGCAUCCAACGCCAGCAAGAGCAACAUCGCCGCCACCAACAGCGGAAGCAACAGCAACGGGGCCACCAGGACCAGCGGCAAACACAGGUCUGCGUCCUGCUCCUUCUGCAUCUGGCUCCUGCAGUCACUCAUCCACAUCUUGCAGCUCGGGCAAGUCUGGAGGUAUUUGCACACAAUAUACUUAGGUAUCCGGAGCCGGCAGAGCGGGGAGAGCAGUAGGUGGCGGUUUUACUGGAAGAUGGUGUACGAGUAUGCAGAUGUGAGCAUGCUGCACCUGCUGGCCACCUUUCUGGAAAGUGCGCCACAGCUGGUCCUGCAGCUCUGCAUAAUUGUACAGACUCACAGCUUACAGGCCCUCCAAGGUUUCACAGCAGCAGCCUCCCUUGUGUCCUUGGCUUGGGCCCUAGCCUCCUACCAGAAGGCUCUUCGGGACUCCCGAGAUGACAAAAAGCCCAUCAGCUACAUGGCCGUCAUCAUCCAGUUCUGCUGGCAUUUCUUCACCAUUGCUGCCAGGGUCAUCACAUUCGCCCUCUUUGCCUCGGUUUUCCAGCUGUAUUUUGGGAUAUUCAUUGUCCUCCACUGGUGCAUCAUGACCUUCUGGAUUGUCCACUGUGAGACAGAAUUCUGUAUCACCAAAUGGGAAGAGAUUGUGUUUGACAUGGUGGUGGGUAUCAUCUACAUCUUCAGUUGGUUCAAUGUCAAGGAAGGCAGGACACGCUGCAGGCUGUUCAUUUACUAUUUUGUAAUCCUUUUGGAAAAUACAGCCUUGAGUGCACUCUGGUACCUCUACAAAGCUCCCCAGAUUGCGGAUGCAUUUGCCAUCCCUGCAUUGUGCGUGGUUUUCAGCAGCUUUUUAACAGGUGUCGUUUUUAUGCUGAUGUACUAUGCCUUCUUCCAUCCCAAUGGGCCCAGAUUUGGGCAGUCACCAAGUUGUGCUUGUGACGACCCUGCCACUGCCUUCUCUCUGCCUCCAGAAGUAGCCACAAGCACACUACGGUCCAUCUCCAACAACCGCAGUGUUGCCAGUGACCGUGAUCAGAAAUUUGCAGAGCGGGAUGGAUGUGUACCUGUGUUUCAGGUGAGACCAACUGCACCACCUACUCCAUCAUCUCGACCACCACGGAUUGAAGAAUCAGUCAUUAAAAUUGACCUGUUCAGGAAUAGAUAUCCAGCAUGGGAGAGACAUGUGUUGGACCGAAGCCUGAGAAAGGCCAUUUUAGCCUUUGAAUGUUCCCCAUCUCCUCCAAGGCUGCAGUACAAAGACGAUGCCCUUAUUCAGGAGAGGCUGGAAUAUGAAACCACUUUAUAAAACACAAAGAACCGUAAUGUCCAUAUAAAGGGGUAACAGCAGGGCUGAGGCAAUAAUGACACCUUAUCCAAGAGUAGGGCAAUGAGCUAUAUGUUCUUAGUCCAAACAUUGUCAUGGUAUGGUUUGAUCUUCCAUCAGCUGACUGCCUGCUGCUGGUGGGCAUUCAAGCCAGUAGUGCUGAGAGUUUCUUACUCCGCUGAAAGGGGCGAUGUCAGCUUAGUAGGACUGUUGCUACAAAUUCCUCCAGCACAGGCUUGGGGCACAUUCACUGGAGGAUAACAUUAUUGUGAGGAAAUGUUGCCUCUAAUUAUUAGGGUAUUUUGAUGGAGUUUACUAAUCUUUGCAUAAAUAUGUUCAUACCACCACCACCACCACCCCUCUAUCAAAGGAGUUAAGGUGGAGCUGGAGAGAUGACUCAGUAGUUAAGAGCACUGACUGCUCUUGCAGAGGACCCAGGCUUGAGCCCCAGCAUCCAUUUGGUAGUUCACUACAACUCUAAUUCCAGAAUAUCCAAUGCCCAGUUUUGGCCUCCUCAGACACUGCACUCACAUGGUGCACAGACAUAUAUGCAGGCGAAAUACCCAUACACAUAAAAUAAAAAUAAAUCUCAAAAAAAAAAA